UGUGCUCGCCCAGACUCUCCAAGGAAGCGGUGAUGGAGACACGAUGAAACGGACCGGGUUGACUCGGAGGACAGUGGCUGGAAUGCCGUUGUCGUUCCGGGACGUUUCUACAACGGCGAAUGUGCUUUUUGGGGGAGUCAGAAAAUGUUUCCUAUCUCAAAAUGGUCGGUGGAUAUACGGAGCAGUAUUACUACACGGGUAACUUGCAGCCUGUCCUCAUUUUUUCAUCGUGGUUUUAUUUACAAAACGUUUAAUACGACGCCGAUAUAAGAUAUUCUCGGCUGUUUGUUUUGCUAUUGGUGGUGGGCUGGAUUGUUAGAAAAAAGAGCAAAACAAACAAAAAAAACAAAAUUUUUUUCAUUCAUUGGUAGACAAUAUGACACGAUAUUUACAUCGAAACGUUGUGUGUCGGACACCAGUGCGCAUGCGCGGUGGUGGACGGCGUUAGCUCCCCUGCCAGCCAGCCAGCCGUCCUGCGAUGUAGGCGCGCAAGUAAAGGAGAAGAAGGCAAACACAUUGGAGCGUGGACAUGACGACAAAGUGUCAACAGCGCGGCGUGAAGAGAAUUCCACUCAGCCGGCCAUAAAAGUGUAAAAGCAUGUCCGGGACAGCGGAUGCAGGCGGCGUGGAGGGAGCAGUCUCCAAAGUGCAAGUGAAGAGGGAGAUCAAGACCAUCGUGGAGAAUUUGGAAACCAUCCUUGGGGACCUCAAGGAUGUGGCCAAGGAGCUCAAAGAGGUCGUCCACGAUAUCGACACGCUGACGUGCGACCUGCAGCUAGAGGAGGACGGCCUGACGGACAGCUCCAAGACAGAUACCCUCAACUCUAGCUCCAGUUCUACUGCCACCACCACCACCACAGCAUCCAGCCUGGAGAAGAUUAAGCUUUUCACAGACGACUGCCUCUUCAAACCUGUCCCGCUACCUGCCAUCAAUACCGGGGUGCUGACCGUUCACAAGAAGGCACACCCGCCCUUGCCGCCGCCCAGACUUACAUCUGUGAGAGUCGAGGAUCACAACGGGAGGAGUCUGCCGCACCCCACGUUAAUGUUGUCAGGGAAUCUAUCCAAAGCUAAUGGAUCGCUACUGAAGAACGGUGGUGUUUUCCCAUUGAAGCCAAAUCGGGACUUGUUCUCUCCUACAUCAUGUUUUAUUACUAAUGACGGCGGAAUACCGGAAUCGGGCCUGGUGCCCACACUUCCCAGACCCAUGCCUCUGCUCCGCCAUGAACAGAACAAAUGCCCCAAGGCCCGCAGCAGGGAGCCCCGUGAGAGGGUGCGUUUCAGCGAAAAGGUCCAGUACCACGGCUAUUGUCCGGACUGUGACCUUCAGUACGACGUAGAUGACUCAGAGCUGCACUUGCAGGCCGAGCUGAACGACAUGAGGCUCAGCCCUGUGCACUGCUGCUCGUCUUCCUCAUCCCCUCUUCCUCAUGAACUGCAGAAUGGCGGCCUCUCUGUCUGCCACAGUUAUCCGCCGAAGGCAAACACACCUUCUCCUCCUCCUCUGCCUUGUGCACCUCCUCACUCGGCUUCCCUCAAACCUCAGAAAACCAUCCUGCGUAAAUCGACCACGACCACAGUUUGACGACAAGCCCCCCAUGUUUUAUAAAACUUGAACACACAUGAAUCAUCCGUAGUGUUUUCUACUUUGCCAGCGCCCUCUUCUCCAGUCCAAUUUUUCGGAUUAUUCAUACAGAGAGAGGCCAUACAAUGGGAAACGAGGAGGCAGAGGGGCAUCACCUUGGGCUCCGAGAUGUAGUCGACAAAAUUUCACAAAGCGGUCCCCUCAGAGACCCUUCAGAUACACCUGCAAGCAGGAGGCUUGUUUGGGCGGCGGCGAAGGAGCCGAGCAUCAAUCUUAUCUUUGAAGGCUGGCGACCAACUGGAGAUAAAUCAAGGCUUUGAAUUCGGAGCAUUUAGAGAGAGAAAAAAAAAAGGCUUCCUGGCACAGUGAAAUGAGGGAGGACCUUCUGAUGUAGUCCUCACAAAGUGACAAGAACCCUAUUAGUUUUGAGUUGUAUUGAGAUAUUAAGAUUCUUACUGAUUUAAAAUGAUAAAAAAAGCCAUAUUGGUUUAUUGUUAAAGGUAAGUCACAAUAUUCAACCUGUCUUUAAUUGGCAAUUUGUGGCGCCCUCUAUGGGAUUGUUCUCAAAAUGUUAUAGGUUAAAUAUCUAGUACCAGUAGUAAGAUUAUUUACUUACUACAAAUAAGUAUGCUAUUUAUUUUGAAUGGGGGGAAAAACUAAGUUGAAAUUACCAUAAACAGUGUCAGUGACUUUUUAGACAGGAUAGAUGAGGUCAAAGAUCAAUUGAAUUAGGCUACAUGUUAAGUCUCUUUUUAAAGACAAGAACACUAUUCAUUUCAAAGCCAGUCUGGACAAGUCAACUCAGCAUAAGGAUUAUUCCCCUAAAACAAAAAAGAAUUUUAUUUUUAUAUGAUGAAAAACACAAAAAAACAAAGCUAAAGUUAUUUCUUACGUAUAUAUAUGUCAUAAACGAUGUAUGUCCCGCUUUGCCAAAACAAGAACCUUUAAUAAUUUUGGAUCCUUUUCCUUACAAGAACAGGAUAGUUGAGAUCAAAGAUCAUAUGAAGAUAUUAGCCCUUUAAUUUAAUAUAAAAAGUUAAUGUCUUGAACACAAAAUCAACUGGGAUAGGCUUGCCCAUGACCCUAAUGAGGAUAAGUGAAGAAUAGGUGAAUUUAUUAAAUAACUUAUUAAUUAAGGAAUAACUUAGAAAUAGGUUGAGAGUAGUACAGUUGUAGGAUUAGAUCUCAUACACUGGCAAGAACAAUAUUGAUUUUGGAUGAUCAUUUUCAUUCACACAUUUAGGUGAAAUUGUUUUUUUUUUAAUAUAUAAAUGUAUUAUAUACAUGUUAUAUACAGGGUGAUUCAAAAAGAAUACGCCAAAAUCAUCACGUAUUUAUUCAGUUCUAAAACAUUGUAAUAGACUGAAUCAACGGUUAUUUGAUACAGGAGUUUUAUUGUGUUACGAACUCACCGUUGUGGUCAUGUAAUCCUUUCGGCGCCAUUCAAUUGCAGGAAGACCGCUUGUUUAGUUACCCUCAAAAUAGCGACUCCUCAACAGAAUUUGUUGUGUGAGCUUAAGUUUCCAGAAACUAAUUUCAUGGUCACGGUGCAGCGUGCUUUUAUAACAGAAUUUGGUAUAUCUGGUAAAAACUCGUAAAGCGUGAAAAAAAUAUUCAAAGUUUUGUAAAACACAUGUGCUGAGGCUAGGUUUUCUACUGUUUUAAACUUUUAAAAUAUCGAGAUAGUUUUGGCGUAUUGUUUUAGAAUCACCCUGUAUUAGUAUUACCAGACCUUCUCCUCAUUCAAUGGGUUUUCUUUAUUUUCAUGACUAUUUACAUUGUAGAUUGUCACUGAAGGCAUCACAACUUAUGAAUGAAAACAUGGAGUUAUGUACUUAACAAAAAAGGUGAAAUAACAGAAAAAAAUGUUUUAUAUUCUAACAUCUUCAAAAUAGCCACUCUUGGCAUUCUCUUAAUGAGCUUCAAGCACACCUGUGAAGGGAAAACCGUUUCAGGUGACUAACUCUUGAAGCUCAUCGAGAAAAUGCCAAGAGAGUGCAAAGCAGUAAUCAGAGCAAAGGGUGGGUAUUUUGAAGAAACUUGAAUAUAAAACAUGUUUUUAAUGAUUUCACCUUUUGUGUUAAGUACAUAAGUCCACAUGUGUUCAUUCAUAGUUUUGAUGCAUUCAGUGACAAUCUACAAUGUAAAUAGUCAUGAAAAUAAAGAAAAUGCAUUGAAUGAGAAGGUGUGUCCAAACUUU